GGUUUUAUCGUACCUGACCUGGCUAUGAUUAUUAGCCAGUUCCAAAAUCAGCAAGAGGUUGGAAUUCUUAAUCAACCAUUACAUUGUAUUGAUGAAGAAUGUAGAGGAUCUGUAAGACAGCAUGAAAAAUAUUUCAUUGCACAACUAAAAAGAUAUUAUUGGCUUACUGGAGCUCCCCAUCAUGUUAUUAUGAAAAUUACAGGCUAUUCGUCUGGUACCAUUACUGAUUAUAUUGGUUAUUUUAGAGGGAUGAAUAUCGCAUGGUGA